AACGCUGCCUCUAAACGCUCUCGGAUCUGCCUCCCUAAAAAUCAAACGCUCCCAAUUCUCCCUCUCAAACGCUUGCACUCACCCACCCUCAAGCCUCUCAAACUCGGUUCACCACCUAUCCCACGCCAUAAUUGUUGCCGGAAACCGCCACUCCCACGCCAUCAUUGCUGCCUCUAAUCAACAUUCUACUGUUGAAGGAACCCAGCAACCCGCAACGCACCCAGCAAACGAGAGACUGCUGACAUUUUUCCAUCUGCGAAUCGGACUCGGAUAUAUAAUCGGAUCAGAGUCGGAUAUUUUUUCUCGUAUUCAAAUCGGAUUAAAUUUCUCGGAUCAGUCCUCCUCCCUUCCUUCGACAGUCGCCACUUCUUCUGCCGGCCGCCUCCACAAAUCCACCGUGAGAUUCAGCCGCUGGAGAUGGGACUCUCAAAGGUAGAAGAUACAGAUGCAAAUCCUUGCCCAUCUUCUUCAUUUCAGGAUAAUCAAGAACACAAUCUUCAGCCGUUCUUUGUUCUUCACAAAUGCAACUCUUCCUCGUCAUCGCGGCCUAAAUCCAAGAGGAAACUGAAUGUAGAAGAUGUGCAUGAAUAUGACGAGCUUUAUCUCAGUAAUUUAAGAAUCACUGCAUUCCAUUCAGUGUGGUCCAAUAUUGAGACCGCCAUCGAGGGUGUCCUUAGGGAAAUCAACUUAUGCACAUUCAAUGACGUGAACUCUUGGGUUCACAAUUCAUUCAAAGCAAUCAGAUUGUAUGGGGAACCAGGCUUUGGCGAAGCUACUAAGCCAUAUCCAAUUUCACUAGAUGCUUUGUCAAAACAAAUUUUCACUGGGCUUAUAUUUACUAAAAAUAUGGAGUUUGUUGACGAUCAAUUUACUUUUAAAGAACUUGGAAAUCAUUUGAAGUCUUGUGGUUGCCACGUAGCCAAAAUGUCUUCAUUGGAUUUUUCAGCUAAGAAUGGGAUUGGUGGUUGUUUGACUCGCUUAGUGAGAAACUUUCUGAUGGUUACAUUGGAUGAUGCUGAUAUGUCUAUUCUUGCUUCAUGGUACUGUGGACAAAGGGAGGUUAUGCCUAUGGUCAUAAUCAUUGAAGAUUUGGAGAGAUGCUGUGCUUCUGUUUUGUCUGAUUUCAUUCUGAUUUUGAGCAAAUGGGUUGUUAAGAUUCCAGUCAUCUUAGUAAUGGGAAUCACAACAACGCUUGAUGCCCCAACAAAUAUACUAUCCUCAAAUGCAUUGCUGUGCCUCCGCACUAGUAACUUUUAUUUGGGGUCUCCUGCUGAAAGAAUGGAAGCAAUUGUUAAAGCUGUCCUACUAAGGUCUUGUUCUUGUUUCAAUGUUGGCCACAAGGUGGCAGUUUUCAUGAGAGACUAUUUUCUGAAACAUGAUGGAACCUUGACGGCUUUUAUAAGAGCUUUAAAGAUUGCUUGUAUGCUGCAUUUUUCUUCAGAGCCCCUGAGCUUUUUACUGAAAGACUUAGAUAUUGAUGAUGAUUUUCAGGAAAUGUGGAAGACGAAACAUGAGUUUAUGCGGGGCUUGGUGUUGAAACAUUCUUCUCAAGUUAUUUCUUGCAAAAGUGACAGUGUAUGUGAAAAAUUGGUCCAUGCUAUCAGAGAGCUAAAGAUCAUGUACCGACGCUGGGCCAUAGUAGUCAUGUGCCUACAUGAAGUUGGAAAGACCUUAAAAGUACAACUAUUAGAUCUGUACAGUGAAGCUCUUGAUCCUACUAACUGCAGUGCCAAAACAAUUUCCUAUAACCAAGGAAAGUCUUCUUCAAAGGAUGGAUGUUUUUCUGGUCAAUAUGGUGACACAUCCAGAAGAGCUUCCAUAUACAAAGUUGUGCAUAAGAUAAGGGAUCUUCCACUAGCAGAGUUGCCUGAAUUGCUGAAUAGCUGGGAGAGACAUGUCGAUGAUAUAUGCGAGAUUUAUGAUAAAAUCAAGGAGCUAAAAACUGUGAUGAAUUAUGUGGAUUGCAAGAGUGCAGGAAGUGAUACGCUCAAUGUGUCAGUGAGGUUGUCUUCCCGAGGUACAAGCACAUGUAAAGGUUCAAAGGAUGUGAAUGGGAAAGCAAUUGCAUUAAUUGAAUGGAUGCUUCGGGAUCAGAUGAAGCCCAUUGAAGGUAUGCCCUUUCAUGAAAUCUUGUGCUUCAAUAAAGUCGACAAGCUUCAAACAGCCUUACUGGGAGAUCAUCGAAAAAGAAUUCAAGCUGACCUGCUGGAUUUCCAUAAAUAUUUGCGUUGUAGCUGCUGCAGCAUGAGGGGAAGCCGAUUGCUGCCAUCUGCUCACGACACUUCAAUAUUGUACAUUCUGGCUCAAGAGCACGGUGAUAUCAUUAACGUUCAUGAUUGGUUCCACUCUUUUAAGGCUAUUCUUGUAAAUCCAUCGACCAAAGCUAGAAGUAAAACAAAGAAAUCUUCAACACCUAAGAAAAAGAAGGGUGUCGAACUAUCAAAUAGUACCAAUGAAGCAGCAAUACAGGCACGUUUCUGCAAGGCUGUUUCAGAACUCCAGGUUACUGGACUUCUCCGAAUGCCUACAAAAAGGCGUCCCGAUUUUGUGCAGAGAAUGGCCUUUGGAUUGUAGUAACAUGUGCGGAGAAAGAAGGGUUUGCGUGUGUACCAAGCUUCCCUUUCCUUGCAUCUUCAACCGCCUGCAGAUUCAUCUGUCCUUGCACAUUAUACUCCGUAGAACAUCAAAAAGAUAUGAACCUCCGGUUACUUUCUAACACAAGUAUCAGGUUAAACGCAGGCCGGUCCUUUAUUUAAAGUUUAUACGUAGCUGCGAGAUUUUUGCUAGUGAUGGGGUUUGACAAUCGAUUAUGCUAAACAUGUAUGUUAAAUGUUCCAGAAGAUGCUGCAGCGUCAAUUUGGUUGCAUGUCUUCCCCUUGUAGACGGUGGCGGACCUAGAAUUUUAAUUGUACAAUAUUUAAACAAAAUCAAAAAAAUUUACUAUGAUGUUUUAGUUAAGAUAUUUUUAAUAUAAUUUACAAUUAAUUCUAAGAAAUAUAGUUUCAUUUAUAAUUUAUGGUAAGCUUUGAGCACUUUUUGGCGUUUC